GUCCUUAGAAGCUCGUCCAUUGGUGCACACGGUAACAAGCCGGCCAGGCGGACAGACGCGGGGUUUCUUGCAUUUGAUUACCUCUAUUACCCAUACAGCAAACGCUCUCGCUUGGCGGGGAAUCUUUGCUCUCUGCUCGUCACGUUUGUUCACCAAGUCAGACCGCUUUUGCUUUUGUUGACCUUUACCUCACUUGCUUCCUUUGACACAGUUCUACAAAAACCACCUCUCUUUCACAUUUUCUUCCUCUGAACUUCUUGUCAGAUCUCUUCUUCAGUUCAUUUACCCCUCACCCAAUUCCAUCAUGGUCAAGGCCGUCGUUCUCGGUGCCGCUGGUGGCAUUGGCCAGCCAUUGUCUCUGCUUUGCAAGAUCUCUCCUCUCAUCGACGAGCUCGCUCUCUUUGAUGUUGUCAACACACCUGGCGUCGCUGCCGAUCUGUCCCACAUCUCCUCUGUCGCUAACAUCGGUGGCUUCGUCGCUGCCAAGGGUGACUUCAAGGGCGAGAAGCCAGAGACGGAAGAAGCAAAGAAACAAGCCUUGACCGGCGCAGAUGUUGUCAUUAUCCCAGCUGGUGUCCCCCGGAAACCGGGCAUGACCCGCGAUGACCUUUUCAAGACCAAUGCUGGCAUUGUCAAGGAUCUGAUCGUUGCUUGCGCAAAGUACUGCCCAAAGGCCGCCAUCUGUGUCAUCUCCAACCCUGUCAACUCCACCGUCCCAAUUGCCGCUGAAGUUCUCAAGGAGGCCGGUGUCUUUGACCCCAAGAAGCUCUUUGGUGUCACAACUCUGGAUGUCGUUCGUGCUCAGACCUUCGUCGGAGAGAUCACAGGCGAGAAAGAUCCCCGCAAGCUCACAAUCCCUGUUGUUGGUGGACACUCCGGCAACACCAUCGUUCCCAUGUUCAGUCAGGCCAAGCCAUCAGUGAACAUUCCUGCUGACAAGCUCGACGCACUGGUCAACCGUGUCCAAUUCGGAGGUGAUGAAGUUGUCAAGGCCAAAGACGGUGCUGGAUCUGCAACCCUAUCCAUGGCAUACGCUGGCUUCAGAUUCGCAGAGUCUCUCUUGAAGGCAGCCAAGGGUGAGAAGGGCAUCGUCGAGCCGACCUUUGUCUACCUGCCUGGUGUCGAGGGUGGUGACGCUAUCGCCAAGGCAACUGGCUGCGAAUACUUCUCUGUCCCUGUCGAACUCGGCCCUGGUGGAGCUGAAAAGGCCAUCAACAUUCUCAGCAGUGCCAACGACUAUGAGAAGAAGCUCCUCGAUGAAGCCAUCAAGGGUCUCAAGACCAACAUCGAGGCCGGCGUCAGCUUCGUCAAGAACCCACCAAAGUAGGACGUGAGCGACUUCUAUCCCAGAACGAGCCUGCCUGCCGAUACCAUUGCCGAUGUUUGCCAUGAUUUUAAAAAAUCAAAAUACAAUCAUCAGACACUGACCAAAACCCGGGUGCAGAUUGUGAAAACCCCAUAGUCACCAAGAAACGGUUUCCCAUCGAGUCGAGCUGGCACCACAACCUGUCAAGACUUGAGAGACAAUUUUCCGCAGAGACAGCGUAGACAAAAUUAAUUCCGCGUUUCAUGCAAUA